AUGAGCGAAGAAACCGGCGCCGGCGAGCGCUUUGCCAUCGGUAUUUCCUUUGGAAACUCUAGCAGCUCUAUCGCUUUCACAGGACCUGAUGGAAAAGCCGAGGUCAUUGCCAAUGAAGAAGGAGACCGUCAAAUCCCCUCUAUCCUCUCCUACGUCGAAAGCGAAGAGUUCCACGGUACGCAAGCCAAGGCACAGUUGAUCCGUAACUCGAAAAACACUGUCGCAUACUUCAGGGAUUACCUCGGAAAAGACUUCAAGUCGAUAGAUCCUACUCCUGCUCACCAGUCGGCACACCCUCAACAGGUCGACUCUACUGUUGCUUUCACAAUCCAAGACACAGACGCUGAAACUCCCAGCACAGUCACCGUUUCUGAGAUCACGACCCGCCACCUCCGCCGUUUGAAGCAGUCUGCCACUGACUUCUUGGGAAAGACUGUCAACGCAGCAGUUAUCACAGUUCCAACAAACUUUUCUGACGCACAACGCGAGGCCCUUGUUGCCGCCGCCAAGAAUGCCGAUAUUGAGGUCCUGCAAUUGAUUCACGAGCCGGUUGCUGCUCUGUUGGCCUACGAUGCUAGACCCGACGCUGUCAUUGAGGACAAGCUCGUUGUCGUGGCUGAUUUCGGUGGAAUCCGCUCUGAUGUUGCUGUCGUUGCCUCUCGUGGUGGAAUGUACACGAUCCUUGCCACAGUUCACGACUACGAGUUGGGCGGUGCCAACCUCGACCAGGUCGUUAUCGAACACUUUGCCAAGGAGUUCAUCAAAAAACACAAGGUCGACCCUCGUGAAGAUGUUCGUGGUUUGGCCAAGUUGAAGCUGGAGAGUGAGGCUACAAAGAAGGCCUUGAGUAUUGGUACCAACGCUACUUUGAGCAUUGAAAGUCUCGUUAAUGGUAUCGACUAUGGCUCGACUAUCAACCGUACCCGAUAUGAGCUUCUUUCUGGAAAGAUCUUCUCUCAGUUCACUGGAUUGAUUGAGUCUGCCGUCAAGAAGGCCGGACUCGAUGUUCUCGAUAUUGAUGAGGUCAUUCUGGCCGGUGGUACCUCCCACACCCCCAAGAUCGCCCGUCUUCUCGAGAGCAUUUUCCCCGAAACGACCAAAGUCUUGGCCCCAUCCACAACCCCCUCAGCCAUCAACCCAUCCGAACUUUCAGCCCGUGGUGCCGCCUACCAGGCUUCUUUGAUCCAAGAAUUCGACACAGAAGAUAUUGAGCAAUCAAUCCACCCCAUGGUCACCGUCACUCCCCACCUUAGCAAGACAAUCGGCGUGCAAGUCGUCUCUGCCGACGGGUCCAGCGAUUUCGUGCCUCUCGUCAACGCAGACACAGCCCUCCCAGCCCGACGAGUCGCCCAAUACACCGUCCCCAAGGAAGGCGGUGAUGUCCUCAUCCGCAUCAGCGAGGGCGAGCGCGAAAUCAAAGUCACCAAGCCCGAGCCCCAAUCCAAGGCUGAAAAGACCGAAGAAGCUGAAGAAGACUCAGACUUUGACUCCGACGAAGAAGAGGAAGAAGAAACCCGAGAAGUCGUCUGGAAAUCCACCAAGCCCAUCGCCGAAGCUGCCGUCAAGGGCGUCAAGGCCGGCGGUAAAGUCGAGGUUACAAUCAAUAUCAACUCUGAUCUUGGAUUGCAAAUCACCGCGCGUGAAGUUGGUGGAAAGGGUGGUGUGAGACUUGCUGUUGAAGCGCCCCAGUCUGCUUAA